GUCUUAAACCCUCUUGAGUCUUGACUCUUCCAAAACCCUAUAAACCCUUCCCUUGACCUCAUUAGACCUUUUUCAUUUAUUUGGCUUUAGAGACGAAGAAGACCAUGGCUCAGGCUUUCUACUCCGUACUCCGAAGGGCGUCCUCCUCCGUACUUCCCGUCGCAAUCCGCACCGCCGGAGCUUCGAGAACCUUCCACGACGCCGCCGCCGCCACGCUCCAGAAGGGCAAUCUCAGCCGCGAUCUCACCCGUGGAAGCUUCGUUCCAUUUCUUAGAUUCUCUUCGGAGUCUACCGCCAAGCGCAGAGCCGACGAGAAUCUCCUUCAGGUCGUCGAAUCCGAGAUCGAGUGCGCCGAGGAAACUGAGGAUCAGAAUACCGUGAAGGAGAUUCCAAAAGGAUUUCGUUUUGAAAUUGAAGACAACCCUGGAGAAAGGACUAUUCUACUUACGAGAAAGUUCGAAGAUGAAAUUAUCAAAGUUGAAGUCGACAUGCCUAAUGUCUCUGGGGACGAUGAGGAUGAGGAUGAUGGUAAGGAUGAUGCUGUUAAUUUUAGCAUUCCUCUGGUUGUAAGUAUCUCCAAAGGCAAUGGAGUGCAACUGGAGUUUGGUGUCACUGCCUUCCCCGAUGAGAUUACCAUAGAUAGCUUGUCAAUUAAGCAGCCGGAUGAUUCUCUGGAGCGGCUUUUGUACGAAGGACCUGAAUUCAAUGAUUUAGAUGAAAAUCUACAGAAGGCUUUUCACAACUAUCUUGAGGUUCGGGGGAUCGAGCUAAACACAACUAAUUUCUUGCACCAGUACAUGAUUGCCAAAGACAGCAAAGAGUACGUGAACUGGUUGAAGAAUCUCAGGGGUUUUGUUGAGCAUUAAACAACUCAAAAACAGUUGUAUUAGGUGUAGCAAACAGUAACCUUAAUUUGUUAUUUGUCCUGCUUUUCUGAUAGUUCCUUGUCUGGAAUCACGUCUAUGGGAAUAAAGAUCAAGGCUUGAGAUUCAAAGAAAAUAGUCUGCUCGGCGGAGUUGAAUUCCGUCGAACAUUUCUGUGGCAAAAAUUUAAGUUUAUUGGGAACCUUGUUGAACCUUUUUUUCCAGGUUCAUAUAUUUAAA